AUGUCACGUCGAGGUACUGCAGAAGAAAAAACUGCAAAAUCCGAUCCAAUUUAUCGUAAUCGAUUAGUUAACAUGUUGGUUAACCGUAUUCUGAAACACGGAAAAAAAUCAUUGGCUUAUCAAAUUAUCUAUCGAGCUAUGAAAAAGAUUCAACAAAAGACAGAAACGAAUCCGCUAUCUGUUUUACGUCAAGCAAUACGUGGAGUAACUCCCGACAUAGCAGUAAAAGCAAGACGUGUAGGCGGAUCGACUCAUCAAGUUCCCAUUGAAAUAGGAUCCGCACAAGGAAAAGCACUUGCCAUUCGUUGGUUAUUAGGGGCAUCCCGAAAACGCCCGGGUCGAAAUAUGGCUUUCAAGUUAAGUUCCGAAUUAGUGGAUGCUGCCAAAGGGAGUGGCGAUGCCAUACGUAAAAAGGAAGAGACUCAUAGAAUGGCAGAGGCAAAUAGAGCUUUUGCACAUUUUCGUUAA